AUGGGCAUGGGAACAGGGAGACGAAAGCCCCCUCUCAAUGGCUCCCUGUCAGACAAACGCUUCGACGUCUAUAAAUACCCAGCCACCGCCGGCUUAUCAUCUCAUUUUCUACCCUUGGACUCUGCAGAUCAGCUCAAACCCCUGAAGACCUACGUGGACCCCCACACUUACGAAGACCCCAAUCAGGCGGUCUUGAAGUUCACCACCGAGAUCCACCCUUCCAGCAUUUCUCGGCAUAAAGUGAUCGGAGCAGGAGAAUUUGGUGAGGUUUACAAAGGCAUUCUGAAAAGCGGCAAGAAGGAGAACCCCGUGGCCAUAAAGACGCUGAAAUCCGGCUACACCGAAAAACAACGCAUUGACUUUCUGAGCGAGGCAAGCAUCAUGGGGCAGUUCUGUCAUCAAAACAUCAUCCAUUUGGAAGGAGUUGUCUCCAAAUUUAAGCCUUUCAUGAUCAUCACCGAAUACAUGGAGAACGGUGCCUUGGAUAAGUUCCUAAGGGAAAAAGACGGGGAGUUUUGUGUCAUCCAGUUGGUAGGCAUGUUGAGAGGAAUCGCUUCCGGGAUGAAAUAUUUGGCCAGCAUGAACUACGUCCAUCGGGAUCUGGCUGCUCGCAAUAUCCUCGUGGACAGCCAGCUGGUCUGCAAAGUCUCCGAUUUUGGUCUGUCCCGUGUCCUGGAGGAUGAUCCCGAAGCUACUUAUACCACCAGC